AUGGAGGGGCCCCUACAGGAUAGUACUGCUGGAGGGGUGCGGGGGGCCCCUGGCAGCGCAGCAGCAGCAGCAGCUGCUGCUGCUGCUGCUGCUCCUGCUGCUGCUGCUCCUGCUGCUGCUGCUGCUGCACCGCAUGCAGCGCAUGCUUCCGCAGCAGCAGCAGCACCAGCAGCAGCAGAUGCAGUGUCUCCGUCUGCUGAGGUUAACACAGGGGCCCCCCCUCCUCCCCCCGCAGUAUCUCAACCAGGGGCCCCCAGGGAGAAUACAGGGGCCCCCCAAGAGGGUACAGGUCCCCCCCUAGAGGGUAUAGGGGCCCCCCAAGAGGGUACGGGGGCCCCCUUGGAGACCACGGGGGCCCCCUUGGAGGGCACGGGGGCCCCCCUAGAGGGUACGGGGGCCCCCCUAGAGGGUACAGGGGGGCCCCUGGAGGGUACUGGGGGCCCCCUGGAGGUAUUCAACGCGCAUCUGAAGGAGAAGGUGCAGCCAUACCUUAACGAGAAAGAAGAAUUCACCAUAGAUAGUUUGAGUGAGAUGUUUAUGGAUUGGUCUUUGGAUUCCUUAGUGCUCAUUGCUGCUGCUGCUGCUGCUGCUGCUGCUGCUGCUGCUGCUGCUGCUGCUCCUGCUGCUGCUGCUGAGGGUUUACUGUGUGCAGCGUUUGAGUGGUUUUGGUUCUCUUAA